CAAAAUCUUCAGUGUUAUGAUUUAAUUUUGAAUACUUAAUUAUUUUGUGAUUAUUCCUGGAAUUUAUUAAUGUGUAAUAAGAUUUUAACAAAUAGAUAUCUUAACACUUGUUGUUUGCUAUAAUUCUUAAAAAUAAGAAUUGCUAAUCAGAAAAUUUUAAUAAGUACAUCUACUUUAUUGUAAUUUGCUAUAUCUCUGUUUGUGCAUCGAAAACAUGGUGUGUGUACCUUGUUUCAUCAUUCCACUUCUUUUGUAUUUAUGGCAUAAGUUUAUUCAGCCCUAUGUUCUACGAUUUUGGAAUCCAUGGGCUGUCAAAGACGCUGAUGGAAACGUGAAAACUGAAUUUCCAUUUAAGUGUGAAGGUGGAGUUUGUGCCUUUGCACCUCGUAAGACGAAAGAAAAGAAUAUAACAUCUGAUACACAAGAAGAAACAUCAAACGAAACUAAUUUGACCACUGACAAUAGAAUAAAAGCCGAUUAAUUAUUUGACACUUUUUAAAUGAUUUUAAAUAAUUUGUAUUCUUUAUUUUAAAGGUAAAUUUUAAUUCCGCGUAGCAUUUUGAUUGUUAGUUCAGCAUUUCCUUUUAUUUACCAGACUUUAAAUUAUAAUAAAACCGCUUGAUCUGCUUGUACACAGUGUCCGAUUAUUCCUCCAACUAAAGUACUAGUGAAAAAUUGUUUAUUUUAUAUUUAAGUUUGGCCAUUAUUUAUGAAAUUGUAUAAAGUAUUUUUAAGAGUAGAAAAAUAAUAUUUAUAAUUUAUAGUUAUGACCUCAUAAUAUAUGACAUAAAAAUGGUGUGGUUAAAAUAAAAUGCUACUUAUUA